GAAUCCGGAAACACAUGCUCGUGUUCUCCUGUUGUUUGUCAUCCCUGGUAUGUUUCGGCAACAGAUAGACUUUUAGCCACAGCGGAAGAAAGGACAACAUGGCAGCGACAGUGGCGUCACCCGUCGCCCACACGGAGCUGGAGCCUGACCGCUGCGGAAGUCAGGAAGAAAGUCGAGGGGGCGCCGAGACGACGGAGGAGGGCGGCCAGCAGCAGCCGACGGGCCCCCAGGCCAUAGGAGGUCACAGCCGGCUGUCCAAAUUACCGCUGGCCCGAAUCAAGGCUUUGAUGAAGACCGAUCCCGAUGUGUCCCUCGCCAGUCAGGAAUCUGUCUUUAUCAUCGCUAAAGCCACGGAGUUGUUUGUUGAGAUGAUCGCCAAGGAUGCUUUGGUGUAUGCACAGCAAGGCAAGAGGAAAACGCUGCAAAGAAAAGACUUGGACAAUGCCAUUGAGGCCGUAGAUGAGUUUGCGUUUCUGGAAGGUAAAGGUGUGCAGAUGCAGCGGGACGUUCAGUGCUGCAUGCUGUACUCGCAUGGAAAGGUGCGCACCAAGGAUGUGCUGCGCUUUGAAGUGCAGACAGAAGGACCAGACUGCAGCAUACAAGCCAUCAUUCUUUACACCAGAAAGACCGUCAAGUGUGCCGACCCCAGGGACCGCAAGGUCAAGAGGUUGCUGAGGAAGCUCUUGCAGCGACAGAGAACCAAGGCCCAUCGAACAACGUGGCUUCUUCCUCACGACAACCUGCCUGUCAUGACAGAGGACAAGAGAGACAACUGGGCCCUCCUCAGUGUGGAGUGACCACCAAGUGUCGAAUACGGAGGAGAAUAACUCGUCCCAGGCCAAGUCAACUCUCAAACAGCAGUUAGCUGACUUGUCCACUUGUCUCGUGUCUUUUAUCUCGUCUCUGGUGGACCAGACCUGGGCAGCAAUAUCUAUUUCAGUGGCUUUACAUCUUCACAGAACAGGAGCGCGGCCUGGAAAGAUUCCCAAAAUGAGCGAGGAGGAUUUUUUCGUUGUGGCUCUUAACUGUUAUUCGCCAGAGUCUGCCUCAGAGUGUCUCCGCCUGCUCUCCAUCCGUGCACGCGGCUAAUCUGUGCAAGUGUGAUUUCCUUCAAGCAUAAACGAGCAGUGACUUCAAUAUCGCUUACGUACGUGCUUAUUUGUGCAGCUUUGUAAAUGUCACUCAUGGGCUCCGAGUUGUUCAGGUUUUGUGGGGGGGGUGCAGAAUUUAGGGGAGCUUUUUUUGUAUGAAUGAAACUGACUUGCACCUUGUUUUUGUACAAUCCAGGUUUCAAAGUCCAGACUUGGACGUCAUGUUUGUGACUGUUACACCACACAGAGUUUAGAGCUUCAAGUCUUUCAAGGCGCCAGUGGGCCAUUAAUCGAUGCCAAAGUACUCCUUUUGACCCGUUUCGUUCUUUUCCAAGGAUGUUCAACCUUUUGAGGGCUCGAUGUGUGUGAAGCCUUGCCGUGUAGAAGAACACAUAUACGUGUAUGUCAAGUCAACUGUUUUAUAAAAGAACCUGAACUCAUACGUGUUGUCUUAUUUCAGACUUAUUAGUCGCGCUUUCAUGCUGGGCGUAGACACAAAAACAUCAUUUGUACAAAGAUGGCAGCUAAGAACAAUAAGAAUCAAUAAAUCAGGAGUGGAUGCAUGCUCAGCUACCAAGUCCAGUCCUGUGUGUGUUUUUAUCGCUUCCCCUCUGUUGUGUUGAAAAGCCGCAUGGCGUGGGGAAGGAAUGGUCUGUUUAGUCCUUUGGUGGAGCAGAGCAGUGAUAGUAAUCUGCCAUUGUAGCAAUAAGCCUCAAUGGGAGGAAUGCUAUUAGCCUACGUUAGCCGAGAACUCUUAGCUCUGUUGGUGAGGAGCUUUGGCAUUUUGCUGUGAGAAUACAAAGAUGGAUCGAGUUUAGCAGCUAAAAGUGUCCCGUGGUGUGGUUGGCUGUGAUGCCGCGCAAUGAAAGAGGCAUGGUGGUGCUGUGGCGGCGACCCCGACAUGCAGACAGCAGGACUCGGGUGCAGGUCAAAUGUUUAUUUUAAGUAAUAGCUGGCACAGUGCCAACCCAACAGAUGCAAGUGAACUAAAUAGAAGGAACUAAAAUUAGCAGCAGGUAAGAAAAUCCAGGCAGGCAAACACAGAGCAGAGCAAAAGAGGAAGAACUACCAAAAUAAGAGCCUAACAACAAGAACUGAGAAUUAAAAUGGAAAAUAACAAAACAGUCACGCAGGUAAACACACGGGGCGUGUGGUCGUACUUCCUGUACGUGUUGUGUACUCUGUAGCAGCGUUAAAAAGCUACUACCCAUAAGAAUGCAGCACAAACAUUCAUUUUAACUGCACAAAACAGCACAAACGCAGCACAAAAGAAUGGGACUAUUUUGGUUUCAUUUGGAGCAAAUGGGGGGCUGAGUGAACUUUGGUUGACCUUUAAAAAAUGUGUAAUAUCUCGAAAACGAAAGCAGAACAAACGUUAAUUUUAACUGCACAAACAAAUGAGACUAUUUGACUUCAUUCAACAAGCCAAAGUGAAGCAUGUUGCCGCACUUGUAGUGAAUAGAUUUGUAAAAAUGUAAGAAACAUUCCAUACGCUAGCAUUAGCAUAUGCUGCAUUUAAGAACCUGAUUCUUCUAAAAAGUUGAUUUAAAGAGGU